CGGGGCCAGAGCGUGGGCGCAGCCGGCCGGCCACAGCUACCUACCUCAGCUGCCCCGCGCAGCCCGGCGCGGGUGGCCGCGUCCCCCUCGGAGGGAGGUGUUUGCCCUCCCCGCUGCACACUCCCCUGCGAGUGGGACCCACGGAUAAUGACUCUUCUUGAUUCUCACCUAAGUUGAAUAAGCAUCCUGUGCACUUUACUCUCCUGUCAGUGCCAUUGGGCUGACUGAAGACAGGGUUUUGAAAUCUCAACUGUAAAGACAUCCAGCCAAAGUCUCAAUCUUGCCUUAACAAUGUUCCAGAGGCUGAAUAAAAUGUUUGUGGGUGAAGUCAAUUCUUCUUCCAACAAAGAGCCAGAAUUUAGUGAGAAAGAAGAUGAUGAAUGGAUUCUUGUUGACUUCAUAGACACUUGUACCGGGUUCUCGGCAGAGGAAGAGGAGGAAGACGACGAGGACAUCAGUGAAGAGUCACAUACUGAGCAUCCUUCAGUCUUUUCCUGUUUACCUGCGUCUCUUGAGUGCUUGGCUGAUACAAAUGAUUCCUGCAUCCUCCAGUUUGAGUCCUGUCCAAUGGAGGAGAGCUGGUUUAUCACCCCUCCCCCGUGUUUUACUGCAGGUGGGUUAACCACUAUUAAGGUGGAAACCAGUCCUAUGGAAAACCUUCUCAUCGAACAUCCCAGCAUGUCUGUGUAUGCUGUGCACAACUCCUGCCCCAGUCUCAACGAGGCCAGCUGUGGGACUGACGAAUUUCACAAUCCAAGUAGUCCCAGAGUGGAAGCUCAGAAUGAAAUGGGGCAGCACAUUCAUUGCUACGUUGCAGCUCUAGCUGCUCAUACAGCUUUUCUGGAACAACCCAAGAGCUUUCGCCCUUCCCAGUGGAUAAAAGAACAUAGUGAAAGACCGUCUCUGAACAGAAAUAGCCUUCGUCGCCAAAAUCUUACCAGGGAUUGCCACUCUCGGCAAGUCAAGCACAACGGCUGGGUUGUUCAUCAGCCCUGCCCACGUCAGUACAAUUACUAAGAAUUUCAGAUUCUGUUGGUUGGCUUCUCUUGGUUUGUGCGUGGAUGCGUGUGGAUGUACAAUGAAGAUGCUAUCUCUUUACAGCCAACUGAUGACCAAUCACACAGUUUUAUCGGUGUGUUUAGACACUAUCUUGAAAAGCAGAUUUACAUGCUUAUAUAUCACAUAAUGCCUUUCUCUUAGCAUUUACUUUUUUUGUAAAACUUCUCAGAAUGUUUUUGGAAACAUAUCAACAUAAUUACAGUGUUUGGGGCUGUCUUUAAAUCUAUUAAGGCGUACGAGAGCUAGUCGGCAUUUUAAAGACAUUUCUUCCCAAGUCCGAGAACAGGCAUCUUUCGAUUUUGUUUUAUAUUACGUAAUCUUUUGAGUAAGCAAAAAUUUGUUCUCAGGGUCAGCCAUACACUUUAUUGACCAGUACUUGAUAAUCUUUUCUGUAUAUAACAAAUACAUUUUACACACUAACAUGAGCAUUAACAGGUGACAGCUGCCAUGGAUAUGAUGGAAUUAUGGCUGAACUUUCUUUUGAAAGAAAACUUGAUAUAUUUCUCUGUGUGGGUUUUUUUUUUUUUUUUUUUUUUUUCCGGGUUAGUGAUGCAGUUCAUUUUGGAGUUCAGGUACAUUAAGUUUUAGUGAACAGUGCAUUCAGUAAUUCUAAUGUGACUAUGUGACGUGGUACAGACAUUACAGGUAUCAUGGGACAAAAGCGUUCGUCUCACAUGCAGAGGAUUAAAUUAAACCUGUGAAAUUAUAUUUGGAAAAAUGUAUGUCUUUAACUCACCCAUUAGCCCAGUAUUUUGUUUUUUGAUUCUUUCCUGUCAGCUCUGCGCAACCCCUCUCCUCCCCCAUCAGCUGUAAAUUCAGAAAUAUUCCUCCAGGUAGUUAAGUGACUUCAUAUUUAUAUCUGCCCAAAGAAGAAGAGAUAGGCUUUGUAUUUCCAGAUACAGUGAUAAAUCCUCCUCCAAGGUGGCACGUCCUGCCAAGUGGCAAACACGGGGGAUAGAAAGGGGUGUGGUGACAGCGUUUCAUAGCAUGUAAGCAAAGAGCAACAAGUUGGCUUCCUUGAGUUUUCAUUCUUUGUUUUACUUGGGCUUCAGGCAAAAUCUGUAACCACUCUGGCCUCUGUUUCCUUCAUCAGCAGGGGAGUAAUAAUUUACCUCCCUCACAGAGUUGUCGUGAGGACUGUGUACUGAUUUGAAGUGGGGGUAUGUGCUGCCCAGAACUGGACCCUGUGUGAAAUUCCGAAGGCCUCUCUACUGAUAAUCUGGUGAUAGGGGUGGGGCCUGUGGUAAUUUUUCUGCCACAACUGUUCUUCAGAAUUGGUGCUUAAUGAGGCCAGGUGCAGGGUUCGAUUCACACGUAGGCCAGUUACCUUGACAGAGAAAAUCUAUUUCCUUACCUCUAGCCAGUCACUUUAUAUUUUAGCAGUUGUGAUGGGUUUUCCCAUCCACACUCACUGAUUCCCCCUUGAAAUUAAGCAAACACAUUUAAAAUCAAAAGCACAAUCUACUGACAGUAGGAUCAGCUUCAUAAACAGCUUAUUUUUCCAACUCCUCUGCAACCGAGUUAAAUAGUACACGUCUAUAAAAUGUUUCCAAGAAAAAAAAAUAUAGCUAUAUGAAGUAUUAUUAAUAGUUUUCAAUGACCCUGUAGCAGUUUGAUGCAGGGAACCAUGGGAGGCUUUUUUUUUUUUCCUUUUUCAGUGAAGAGCUGUGCUCUUUUCUGACUAGACUGGAGUGGUUGGAAUUGGAAGAGGUCAAAUAGUGUUGCUAGGUGGUUGUGGUAGGUUGUUCUUCCACUGGCUGCAAUACAGUGCCAGGAAAGUUUCAUUAGAACAAGAGUCUAGAUUCCCCUCUUCUCUCUUUAUUUGCCUUCGGUUUUGACUACAUCCAUUUAUUUAUUUGUUUUCUAAUUAGGAGCCAAGGCUGUAAAGUUUUGUGGAACUGAGCUAGAAGUUAUUUUGUGACUAUUUGUGUUUACCAGAGUUGGGAGAUAAGGUAGCCUUUUCCUAAAAGUAUAUUUUACACCAUGUCAGUUAUAGGGCCAUAUGUUGGUAACUUGAAAAUAGACCAGCUCAAUGUUUUCUGGAUGUAAGCCUCUGAACACAUGGGGGUCUCUUCCAUACAUUACGUGCAAGUUGUUAGUACCUCAAAAGCUGCAGAAGUUCGGCUAUGAGAAUUAGUUGGACAGCAUGAAUUGAUUUGUAUAUAAAACUGCAAUGGAAGGUCUUUUUUUUUUUUUCUUCUUCUUCCAAUUUCCUGAUCCCUUAAAUACAUCUCCAUCUCCAUCAGUUAUAUUGACUUUUUGUUUGCCUCAUCUGGGCCUAGUUUUAUAUGCUUUAUAUCUGGAAAACAAAUGAUUUCAGUCAUUGGGAAUUUUUUUUUUUUUUUUUAGGGUAAGGGUUACCACACUGUGGUAUCACACUGUGGUUCAUGUAUCGGUAUCUAAAGUUUCUGUCUACAGUUGGCACAUGUAAGAACUGAAGAAAAUGGUUUACAUAAUUCAGUUGAAGUUCUUGGUUAUUAGAUGUUUAUCAGACAUCUACUGUGUGCAAGACAUAAGGCCAAUAACACAGAAUUAUGCUGGCCUAUUGUGUUGUGUUGUAUUAAGUAUUCUUUGAAACAUGGCCAAAAUGCAUUUUAUUGUAUGAGUUGAUUAUUAUUUUUGCUGUUGUAAAUAUUAGUGGGCUUUUGCUGGGUUAGUGUACUUCAGUGCAUAUCCCUUAAAAUCCAAGCAUUUAGAAAUAAGACCCUUCUGAAUUUAGCAGGUAUGACAGUUUUUAAAUUAACAUAGAAUGUUAACUUAGAAAAAGCCUGGAAGACGUGAUGCGCACACACAGUGCUUCAUGUAUGAGUUUAUUAGUUUUUAGAGUGCGCCAUGUUCUCAAUGUUUGUUUUUGUUAAUAAAAUAUUUUAUAAGGUAUAACAUAUGUUUAUUACUUUUUCUUCAACUAACUGAUUUAUGUACUGCACUGUAAGUUGAAGGUGAACCAUUCUUUAUCUUCCAUGGCAGUACAUUUAUAUGGCUGUUUGUGCGUGUGGGGUGGGGUCUACAGAAGAUGCAAAGUGAUUGGAUUUUUGGCUGCAGGGAGACUUUUUUUUUUAACAUUCAUUUCUUGUACAUUUUUCUGAUUCCCAUGCAAACUGUUCCUGUUUACAUACCCUUCCUUUUUAUCAGUCCUUCCAUUCUAGUGAGAAGACAGUUUGCUUAAAAUUUGAGAGGGCCUUGUGGCAUUCCCUGUUGUUUCUUACUUCUCAAAUCUGUGUAGUACACUGAUUUGUAAUCUUCGUGUCUUUGUUGAAUCUGAGUUUGUUAUUUCUCUUCCUCCUCAAGAAAAUGAUAUUGCCUAUAUAUAACUCUUAAGAAAAAAGGGCAAGGGGGGGAGUAUCUUUGUGACUGUCAUCUUUUUAGUUGCAAACAACAAAAAUGAAGGACUCCAACUAGCAGACAGACAUUUAAAUUUAAAUAGAAUAGUGGAGAGAGUUUAAGAGUUUCCAAGUAUUAGUUUUUGUUUUUAGAAUCAGUUAAGAGACCGCUCCUUGUGCUAGGAGAUACUAGUAUGUAUUUAUAACGUUACCUUAAAAUUAUCUUUUUGUCUUAUAAGGCCCAUACAUACUGGUUAAAUUCUUUUAAAAACUGGGCUACUAUCAUGGAUGGUUUCACUGCUGUCAGCCAUGCUGAUGUAUUAUAAAUGUCAUCCCUGUCUACUUAGUUUAUAGUGCUUUAAAUUUUAUAUAAAAUGCUUUAUUUAGAAAACCUACAUACUUUUACAUACUACAAUGGUGUCAGCCUUGCUGUGUACCAAUUUCACUUGAAAUUUGACACCAAUUGAAGUGGUUUGGGUGGGGAGAGAAGUACAAGAAAGCAUACAGAUAAGGAAGGAUAUCUUUUUUUAUUUGCAACAGUAUCCUUUAUGUGGGAGGAGAAGUUACUAUUCAGAGAAAGGCAGCUUAAAUGGAUAAUGUUUUGUAUAUCGUUAAGAAAUUUUCUUACAUUUUUUAAAAUUGUGUAAUUGUUAAUUGCCCAGUAUUGUUCUGUGUUUGCCUAAAGUUUUAGUAUUUUUUUCUCUAACUAGGUAGACUUCUAAAAACCAAACCAGUACUUGGGGAGGUUAGAUAUGUGUUUUCAGGCUUGGUGUGUAUGAGUUGUUUUGUUUGCUUUUUGGUUGUUUUCCUCCACAGGUUUUGAACUUUAAUCAAUAAUCGUGUGCAUUAUUUAAAAAAAAAUUAAAAGUGACUUUGGUUUUUUCCUUAAGUAAAAUUGUGAACACUUUUCAAGGGCAGGACAUAAGUUAUGGAGACUGAGUAGUAUUGUAGAUUAUACUACGUGCCUUGUUAAUGUGUUUCUGGACACAAUUUCUUUUCAGCAACUUGAAAACUCAAAAGGGACAUUUGGUUAGAUUAUAUACUGUAUAUCAAUCUAUGCAUAAAUGGCAGCUUGUUUUCUUGAGCCACUGUCUAAAUUGUUUUUUCUGUUUUUAUAGAAAUUUUUUAUACUGAUUGGUUCAUGGGUGGGCCAGUUUUAUAUACAGACUGAACAAAACAGCACUUUGCCAAAAAUAAGUGUAGCGUUGCUUAAACAUUGUGUAUUAACACCAGUUCUUUGUAAUUCGGUUCAGUGGUGCAUUUUGCACUACCUGGAAAUUAUGGUUUUUAAUCUGUCAGUAAAUAAAAUGUCCUUUAACUUCACAUUUGUCAGAUUCUCUUACUUUAUCAUCAUUAGUCUUAAAACUAGACAAACUUAAUAAACUAGUUGCUGUUUAGUUUUACUUUUUUAAAAGAUAUGCUUAAUAUGCACUUUUUAAAAACUUGUGUAAAGUUACUAUAUUAAAGUUCUAACCUAAAAUGAAUAAUCAUGCAUACUCCCAAAGGGGAACAUAAAUUGGAAUGUGACCCCCAGCCACUACUUUCUACCUCCAAUCACUCUAUGUUAAAAAGCAAACAAUUUAAUAGAGUGGUUCUUUUUGUUGGCUAGCUUGGAGAAAUCUCAAUGGAUCUCCUCAGAUAAAUGCAGGCACAAUCUAACAUUAACAUGAUAGGGCAAUAUGACCUUCCCCUGAUGCCUAAUGUCCCCUAUUACGGAGUCCUAGUAAACAUUCAGAGUACUUGAAUAGGAGGCCCAAAGAAUAACUCCCACAUGAAUGAAUCCUUGAAGAAAAUCAGCAUUCUAGAACUGUAGCCUGUCACAAGUCAGGUUUUUAUUAUCUGAGUUCCUGAGUUGAGAUGAUGGCUUGGGGGCAGUGAGAGUAGGAGCCACCCCAAAGAUGAAAUAAGGUCAUGAAAGUUUACCUGGAAAAGAGCAACUUGAAAGAGGCUACUUUGGCUGCUGAAUUUAGAGAGCGAGCUUACUGAGCCCACUGACAAGGUGAUUAGAAUGUCUAAGGAAUCCAGUGGCUCGAUCCUUUCUCAAGGGCAAUGACUGCAUGGAGUCUAAAAGUAGGAGACUCAAAGUGAACGUGUCUUGUGACAAUGGACCCUCUAUACAGUUCCCCUGCUGCACUCUUCCAGACCCCUAACCCAGUGCUUAUUAAACUUCAAUAUGAAAAGAAAUCACCUGGGGAAUCUCAUUAAAAAUACAGAUUUCUAACCUCCAGGUGCGCCGUAUGCUUUGAGCAGCAAAGCCCUCAUCCAUUGGUUCUCAAACCUUAGCAUACAUCAGAAUACCUGAAGAACGUGUUAAAAACAGAUUGCUGGAUCCCACCUCCAAAGUUGCUAAUUCAGUAGGUCUGGAAUGGGGCUCGAGAAUGUGUGUUUCUAGCAAUUUCCAGGUGAGGCUGUCUCUGCUGGUCCAGGGAACACACUUUGAGACCACUGCUCUAACCCACUGCUGGCCUAUCUCUCAAAAGCUGAUUUUGUCUUUUAUUUCAAAGAGACAAUUGAGGCUGUCAGGUGAGAAGACCUAAGUGGACUCCUGUGGCACCUACUCUUCCCUUAUUGCAGCAAUCAUCACAGUUGUAGUAUGUUCAUUAUUAAGAAAAACAUCGAGUAAAGCAGAGAUUGUUUUGGGAACAUUCUGCAUCCAUUCCCCUUCUCUUGACAAUAGCAUUCCAAUUUUCUUUUGGGGAUCUACUGUUCUUCUUUGCAUGAUCCAUGUUAGUUUCAGAUGGUGUUAACUACUUCAAGUUCCAAGACAGCCUACAAAUUAGACAUGGCCAAUCAGAUAUGGUUUUCACUGGCUAAUUCUUUUUGGAAGUAGACUGCCAGGUCCUUCUUCCUUUGUCUUAGUGUGGAAGCUCAAUUGAAAUCUGUCCGCCAUGGAUGACCCUGUUGGUAUCUGAAUACCGGUGGCAUAGCUUCCAGCAUCACAGCAACAUGCAAACGCCCACACUACGACAAACUGAUAGACACUGAGUCAUUAUACCAAAAAGAAUUGUCAACAUUCAACCAUUUCAAGAGAUAGCAUAUAAUCAGGAACCAAUGGUACCAAAGGAAGAAGUCCAAGCUGCACUGAAGGUACUGGUGAAAAACAAGGCUCCAGGAAGUGACGGAAUAUCACUUAAGAUGUUUCAACAAACAGAUCCAGUGCUGGAAGCGCUCACUCGUCUAUGCCAGGAAAUUUGGAAGACAGCUACCUGGCCAACUGAUUAGAAGAGAUCCAUAUUUAUGCCUAUUCCCAAGAAAGGUGAUCCAACUCAAUGCAGAUAUUAUCGAAUAACAUCAAUAUAAUAAGUAAAAUUUUGCUGAAGAUCAUUCAAAAGCGGUUUCAGCAGUAUUUCGACAAGGAACUGCCAGAAAUUUAGGUCAGAUUCAGAACCAGGGAUAUCACUGCUGAUGUCAGAUUCUGGUUGAAAGCAGAGAAUACCAGAAAGAUGUUUACCUGUGUUUUAUUGACUAUGCAAAGGCAUUUGAUUGUGUGGAUCAUAACAAAUUAUGGAUAACAUUUCGAAGAAUGGGAAGUCAGGAAAGGUGUGCAUCAGGGUUGUAUCCUAUCACCAUACCUGUUCAAUCUGUAUGCUGAGCAGAUAAUCCGAGAGGCUGGACUAUAUGAAGAAGAACAGGGCAUCGGGAUUGGAGAAAGACUCAUUAACAACCUGUGUUAUGCAGAUGAUAUUACUUUGCUUGCUGAAAGUAAAGAAGACUUGAAGCACUUACUGAUAAAGAUCACAGCCUUCAGUAUGGAUUACACCUCAACAUAAAGAAAACAAAAAUUCUCACAACUGGACCGAUACGCGACAUCAUGAUAAAUGGAGAAAAGACUGCAGUUGUCAAGGAUUUCAUUUUACUUGGAUCCCCAAUCAACACUCAUGGAAGCAGUUGUCAAGAAAUCACGAGACCCAUCGCAUUGGGCAAAUCUGCUGUGAAAGACCUCUUUAAAGUUGAAACGCAAAGAUGUCUCCUUGAAGACUAAGGUGCAUCGGACCCAAGCCAUGGUAUUUUCAAUAGUUAAUGAGUAAGGAAGACUGAAGAAUUGGCGCCUUUGAAUUGUGGUAUUGGCGAAGAAUACUGAAUAUACCAUGGACUGCCAAAAGAACGAGCAGGUCUGUCCUGGAAGAGAUACAACCAGAAUGUUCCUUAGAAGCAAGGAUGGCGAGACUCUUGUCUAACAUACUCUGGACGUGUUAUAAGGAGGGAUCUGUCCCUGUAGAAGCAUGCUUGGUAGAGUACAGGGUCAGCAAAAAAAAGGAAAAGCCUCAACAAGAUGGAUUGACACCGUGGCUGCAACAAUGGGCUUAAGCAUAAAAAUGAUUGUGAGCAUGGCGAAGGGCCGGGCAGUGUUUCAUUCUGAAGUACAUAGGGUCACUAUGAGUCGGAACCAACUUGAUGGGACCUAAUAACAACAACAACAACAAUCAGAUAUGGCAUGCCCUUGGUCACUGUGAUUGGCUCAGGGAUAGGACUGUGACCCAAUCAAAGCCAACGAGAUGUACUGAAAUCCUUACCGGGCCUGCUGGGAGAGAGGCUGUGUCUCAUUUUCCACUUCAGUCAAGAACACACGAAUCUAGAACCACAGCAACUAUUUUGCCCCACAAGGGGAGAGGUUAUCAGAGACAGAGCAAAUGCACAGGAAAUAAAAGAGGGAAGAGGAGAAGCCUUGACCUAGUGACAGUAUGAAUAUCUUGAUCAAAUUCUACCCUUGGACUUUGCCGUUAGGUGAGCUAAAAUAUCUCUUCUUGCUUAAAUUAGUUUGGGUUGGAAUCUCUAUCACUUGUGACUAGGCCAUUUCUAUAGCCCCUUGGCUCCCAGUAAAAAAAUUAGAGUACUUUUCCUCUAGUCUCCCAGAGCAGGAGAGGAUAUAGGUACUUAAAUGUAGAAAUUGGACCUAACGAGUGUCUGAGCCUAUGAACAGGAAGAGGAAUUAAAGGCUUUCAUUUAUACAGAGGCCCAGGCUUGGUUAAACAUAGUACACCAAAUGAGAGAUCACUGUGGGAGGCCUACAGAGGUUGGUCGGUAUGCAACAUAGCUUUUGGAGCAGCAGUGAGCUCUUCAGGGGCAGCCAGGGGUCAGUGGGGUGGAGCUCUAAGCGGCAUCCCAGAGAACCCUAUGCCUAAGGAUGGGCAUUCAGCAGCACCGGGUUGCAGUAGCAAUGACAGCAGCCACUGGGGACUCAAGUCCAUGUCCAGCCCUUCCCCUUGUUUUUUGCAACCCAUACUGGGAUCCUUGUAUGAUCUUGGGGGAGACGGCACAGGGACUCCAAUAAUUGCUGCAGUUGGCUUUCCCUCAGGUCAGUAAGAGGGGUGCUUGGAGCUGACUAAAUUUUACUUGUAAUAUGUCUUAACAAACAGUAUUAAAUGGAUUAAAAUUUUCACCUGCUAGACUAUACUUAGGGUUGCUAUGAGUCAGAAUUGACUCAACGGCAGUGGGUUUGGUUUUUGGUUUUUAUACUUGUCUAAUGAUCUGCUUUCUGUGCUAGAUAUUAUAUCCUCUCUGGAUUUUCUACAGUGUUUCUUUGUCUUCACUAUCCUCACUGUAGUAUUAUCAUGUUUAUCACUGUCUUAGGCUGGGUUCUCUAGAGAAGCAAAACCAGUGAAGCGCAUAUAUACAUAUAUAUGUGUGUGAGAGAGAGAGAUUUAUCUGAAGGAAAUGGCUCAUGUGGUUGUAGAGGCUGGCAAGUUCCAAGUCUUGGGUCAGACAUCAGCCUGGAGGUUUCUCUUGACUCACGGAGCUGUAGGGACUCACAAACCCAAGAUUGGCAGGUCAGAUGGCAGGCUGCUGGCUCACGGGUGUGGAGGCUGAAGAAUCCAAGAUCAGCAGGUAAGGCAGCAGGCUGCUGGCUCACAGGCUGUGGAGGCUGACAUAUCCCAAGAUUGGCAGGCAAUAUGGCAGGCCACUGGCUUAAGUCCCAAGAACUGCAGGUCAGAUGAUGAGUCAGAUGCUGGAUCCAGAACAAGCAAAAGCCAGCAAGCUUUACCAAAAGGUCCAUAUAUAUUGGAUGCCCUUUGAAAUCUUCUGUUCAGUUCUUUUACUUCAUCAAUUCUUCCUUUUGCUUUAGCUGCUCGAUGCUCAAGAGCAAGUUUCAGAGUCUCCUCUGACAUCCAUCUUGGUCUUUUCUUUCCCGGCUUUUCAGUGGCAUCUUGCUUUCUUCAUGGAUGACGUCCUUGAUGUCAUUCCACAACUCGUCUGGUCUGCGGUCACUACUGUUCAAUGCGACAAAUCUAUUCUUCAGAUGGUCUCUAAAUUCAGGUGGGAUAUACUCAAGGUCAUAUUUUGGCUCUCGUGGACUUGUUCUGAUUUUCUUCAGUUUCAGCUUGAACUUGCAUAUGAGCAAUUGAUGGUCUGUUCCACAGUUGGCCCCUGGCCUUGUUCUGACUGAUGAUAUUGAGCUUUUCCAUCGUCUCUUUCCACAGAUGUAGUCAAUUUAAUUUCUGUGUAUUCCAUCUGGCAAGGUCCAUGUGUAUAGUCACCGUCUAUGUGGGUGACAGAAGGUAUUUGCAAUGAAGAAGUCAUUGGUCUUGCAAAAUUCUAUCAUUCGAUCUCCAACAUUGUUUCUAUCACCAAGGCCAUAUUUUCCAAUUACGGAUCCUUCUUUGUUUCCAACUGUUGCAUUCCAAUCGCCAGUAAUUAUCAAUGCAUCUUGAUUGCAUGUUUGAUCAAUUUCAGCAGCAGCUGAUAAAAAUCUAUUUCUUCAUCUUUGGCCCUAGCGGUUGCUGCGUAAAUUUGAAUAAUAGUCGUAUUAACUGGUCUUCCUUGUAGGCGUAUGGAUAUUAUCCUAUCACUGACAGCGUUGUACUUCAGAAUAGAUCUUGAAACGUUCUUUUUGACGAUGAAAGCGACACCAUUCCUCUUCGAGGUGUCAUUCCCAGCAUAGUAGACUAUAUGAUUGUCCGAUUCAAAAUGGCCAAUACCAGUCCAUGUCAGCUCACUAAUAAUGCCUAGGAUACUGAUGUUUACGUGUUAUUUCGUUUUUGAUGAUUUCCAAUUUUCCUAGAUUCAUACUUCAUACAUUCCGUGUUCCGACUGUUAAUGGAUGUUUGCAGCUGUUUCUUCUCAUUUUGAGUCCUGCCACAUCAGCAAAUGAAGGUCCUGAAAGCUUUACUCCAUCCACGUUAUUAAGGUCGACUGUACUUUGAGGAGGCAGCUCUUCCCCAGUCAUCUUUUGAGUGCCUUCCAACCUGGGGGGCUCAUCUUCCAGCACUAUAUCAGACAAUGUUCUGCUGCUAUUCAUAAGGUUUUCACUGGCUAAUGCUCUUCAGAAGUAGACUGCCAGGUCCUUCUUCCUAGCCUGUCCUAGUCUGGAAGCUCAGCUGAAACCUGUCCUCCAUGGGUGACCCUGCUGGUAUCUGAAUACCGGUGGCAUAGCUUCCAGCAUCAUAGCAACACACAACCCCCCCACAGUACGACAAUCUGACACACAUGAGAAGACAAGGUAAAGUAUUAUAAUGACAAGUGCAAAGAGCUGGAGAUGGAAAACCAAAAGGGAAGAACACGCUCAGCAUUUCUCAAGCUGAAAGAACUGAAGAAAAAAAUUCAAGCCUCGAGUUGCAAUAGUGAAGGAUUCCAUGGGGAAAAUAUUAAACGACGCAGGAAGCAUCAAAAGAACUUGGAAGGAAUACACAGAGUCAUUAUACCAAAAAGAAUUAGUGGAUAUUCAACCAUUUCAAGAGGUGGUAUAUGAUCAGAAACUGAUGGUACUGAAGGAAGAAGUCCAAGCUGCUCUGAAGGCACUGCCGAAAAACAAGGCUCCAGGAAUUGAUGGAAUAUCAAUUGAGAUGUUUCAACCAACAGAUGCAACGCUGGAGGUGCUCACUCGUCUAUGCCAAGAAAUAUGGAAGACAGCUUCCUGGCCAACUGACUGGAAGAGAUCCAUAUUUAUGCCUAUUCCCAAGAAAGGUGAUCCAACCAAAUGUGGAAAUUAUUGAACAAAUCACUAAUAUCACACGCAAGCAAAAUUUUGCUGAAGAACAUUCAAAAACGGCUGCAGCAGUAUAUCAACAGGGAACUGCCAGAAAUUCAGGCUGGUUUCAGAAGAGGACGUGGAACCAGGGAUAUCAUUGCUGAUGUCAGAUGGAUCCUGGCUGAAAGCAGAGAAUACCAAAGGAUGUUUACUUGUGUUUUAUUGACUAUGCAAAGGCAUUUGACUGCGUGGAUCAUAACAAACUAUGGGUAACACUGCGAAGAAUGGGAAUUUCCGAACACUUAAUUGUGCUCUGAGGAAUCCUUAUAUAGAUGAAGAGGCAGUUGUUCAGACAGAACAAGGGGAUACUGAUUGGUUUAAAGUCAGGAAAGGUGUGCAUCAAGGUUGUAUUCUUUCACCAUACCUAUUUAAUCUGUAUGCUAAACAAAUAAUAUGAGAAGCUGGACUAUAUGAAGAAGAACGGGGCAUCAGGAUUGGAGGAAGACUCAUUAACAACCUGCUUUAUGCAGAUGACACACACUUGCUUGCUGAAAGUGAAGAGGACUUGAAGCAUUUACUAAUGAAGAUCAAAGACCACAGCCUUCAGUAUGGAUCGCACCUCAACAUAAAGAAAACAAAAAUCCUCACAACCGGACCAAUGAGCAACAUCAUGAUAAAUGGAGAAAAGAUUGAAGUUGUCAAGGAUUUCAUUUUACUUGGAUCCACAAUCAACAGCCAUGGAAGCAGCAGUCAGGAAAUCAAAAGACACAUUGCAUUGAGCAAAUCUGCUGCAAAGGACCUCUUCAAAGUGUUGAAGAGCGAAGAUGUCACCCUGAAGACUAAGGUGCGCCUGACCCAAGCCAUGGUAUUUUCAAUCGCAUCAUAUGCAUGUGAAAGCUGGACAAUGAAUAAGGAAGACCUAAGAAGAGUUGACGCCUCUGAAUUGUGGUGUUGGCGAAGAAUAUUGAAAUAUACCACGGACUGCCAAUAGAAUGAACAAAUCUGUCUUGGAAGAAGUGUGGCCAGAAUGCUCCUUAGAGGUAAGGAUGGCGAGACUGCGUCUUACAUACUUUGGACAUGUUGUCAGGAGGGAUCAGUCCCUGGAGAAGGACAUCCUGCUUGGCAGAGUACAGGGUCAAUGGAAAAAAGGAAGACCCUCAACAAGGUGGAUUGACACAGUGGCUGUAACAAUGAGCUCAACCAUAAUGAUUGUAAGGAUGGCGCAGGACCGGGCAGUGUUUCGUUCUGUUGUGCAUAGGGUCGCUAUGAGUUGGAACUGACUCGAAGGCACCUAACAACAACAGUAACAUAUUGGAUGCAGGCCACACCCCAAGGAAACUCCCUUAUAACUGACUGGCUGACCACAUCAGAUCACGUCAAUGGAAGUGAUUACAUUAUAUCACAAAAUGGAGGAUAAUGGCAUCAUUAGGUAACUUCCAAAUUACAUCAUUAUAUAACUUCCAAACUACAUCGUUACAUAACUGCCAAACCACUGAGAAUCAUGGCCUAGCCAAGUUAACACACAACCUUAACCAUCACUAUCACUUUUAAGAUGCACAUUUAUUCAUUUUAACACCUGUGAUAUCCAGAUGUGCCAUACAUCAGUGGCAUGUCAUAGUGUAACUGGCAAUGUUUAUUCUUUCUUAUUGAUACAUAAAAUGGGGUUUCUUACAAUUUGUGGCAUUUUAGAUACAAUGAAAUACAGUAAAAACUCCCUUCCCUUCUCUAGGCCCCCCACUCACAGAGUUCACUCCAAGCACAUCUAAUAACUCUUAGUGCACUUCAGGACUCUUGGAUCUUACCCUCAUUUAGCAGAUCCAGUGCCUUGCACAUUAUCAGAUGUUCAAUGUUUGAACUUACUCCCUGUUCUCAUUUGAAGAAUUAACAAUUGUCCUAAUUAAGAUGCCUCCUUUUUGCUCAGAUGCUUCCUCUAAACAUCAUCAUCUUCCUUUUAGGGGAGGGGCAAAGGCACACUCCUUUGCUUUUGCCUGAUGCAAGCUCUCUGCAUCAGGUAGUCACUGAAGCAGCUGUAAUGCUACAAAUGGCCUGGCAGAGCGGGGGCGCUGGCGUCCCUCAGCGGAGGUAUUCCACCCAUUCAUCUAACAACAUUAACAGUGCUUGUUAGCACUCCAAGGAGCCCUGCUGGUGCAACGGUUAAGUGCUUGGCUAGCAGGUCAGUGGUUUGAGUCCACCAGCUGCUUCGAGGGAGAAAGACUUGGCAGUCUGCUUCUGUAAAGACUGACAGCCUUGGAAAUCCUAUGGGGAUUUCCUAAAGGGUUACUAUGAGUUGGAAUCCACCUGACGGCAAGGAAUUGGUUUUUGAUUUUGGUUAACAAAGUGAGUUAAUCCGCAUUCUCUCUCACUGUUCAAGACAAUCCUGGGAGGUGGGGAGCAGGAUUGCCAUCAGAGAGGUUGAGACUUGCCCUAGGCCAGGUCAUACAGCUAGUUAAGUGUUUGAAACUGGACUUGAACCUCAGAUCCGAGAUCUGCUCCACGGUGCUGCCUCUCUAAAAAACAGCCCUCACAAGCAGCCUGGUUAGGAUCUUGUAAUCUGUGAUCACAGAGACUCCACCCUGAGUUCUACCCAGAUGGUUCUUCUUAUAUAGUGCAUAACCUAUCAAACUGUCACCCAGAGCAACCUCCCUCACCCUUUUUAAGUUUUCAUUUGGAGACCACAUCCUCUAAGAACAAUAUUUUAAUAUGAGGUGUGACCUACCUAAGUGAAUAAAGUUACAGGAAAUUGUAUGAAAAAAAAAAUGACAUGCCCAUUGAUCCCUUCUGAGUCAGCCCCACUUAAUUUAGAAACUUUGUAGUCCUAAUGUUUUGGUCCAAGGGUUGAUUUCUUAAUUUUUCACUGCUAGGUUUUAGACUUAGCUGCUAAAAUGAUUGGUUUAUAAUGUGAAUUGUGCUUAAUGCAUUCAGAUGACACCUGGUGGCUCAGAGCACCUGGAAUCCUUAACCUUUCAGGCCGACAUUAAGGACACCGGGGCUCACUUGCUGUGUGUUACUCAGGAAGACUGCUGAAGCAGCUGACCUGUGGGAGACAGAUAUUACUGUUCGGUACAAGCAAGGGGGGGGCGGUGCUGGUGUGAACUGAGAAGACAAGGACAUCAUUCUAUGGAGGGCUUACAGGGCUUACAUCUUCUCUGUCCUUGGGAUGGACUAAGUGUAGCCAAAAGCAGAUGGAUAGACCCAACACUAUGAAUUCCUUGCCUGUGUGAAAAUGACAAAGCAAAUCAGGGUGACCACACAAACUGACUGACAUCCUGAAGUGUUUGACUUCUUACAAUAAGUAACAAUCAAGAAAUACAGGGUAUAAUCAAUUAAGAAGUAAUGUAAUAGCCACUUAAAAUUAUUUUAUUUGAAUAAUUACAUUGGCACAUCUAGUGUGGUGAUACUGUAUUUUCAAGUUCCUUGAGCUGGAAGCAGUCCUAAAAUAAGUGAGGAAUUUAUUUCCUCUUUAAGAUAAAUGUUCUACUCUGUUCUAUAGGGUUGCUAUGAGUUGGAAUCGACUCAAUGGCAACAAGUUUUGUUUUGAUUUUUGGUAAACAUGAAUAAAAUUUAAACUAAAGUUUUUUAUUAAGGUGUUUUUUUUGCUGUUGAAUGUUCUAGUCAAAGAGAAUGUGUUCCAAAGUUGCUUAAAUACACCUGGUCUAAGGGUUUUAAAUAAAAUUUAGCACUUAACUAAGUUUCCAAUCUAAAAGUAAGGAAUAAAAAGGGAAAUGAAUUUUAUUAGUUGGUCAGCAUUUAUUGAACACCUCCCAAGGGUAAAACAUAGGGAAUGGUUUGGAAAGGGAAGGAUGUUGGAGAUACUGUGAAGACUGAAUUGAUGUAUAAUGGGGGUGGAGGUGAAGAGGGCAUGAGAAGAAGGAGGGUGAAGAACAGAAGAUUUUCAGUUUGGGUGAAAACAUCAAAAAGAGUCAAAGAUAACUUUAUGGAUAAUAGUGAGAAGCUAAAAAGAAGAAAAGCAACAUUUGUCAUUAACAAUAAUAGCACAGACAGUAAAGAGAUUACAGAAGCUUGAUCGUGGUAUGUCUGUAAAGCAUUUUACUCAAGAUUAUGGAGCGGAACCAGUAUCAUAUGUGACUUAAACAAGCAAAAGUUGUUGAACUUUUAUAGUGAUAAGCAACAAGAAUUAUUGAAAAUAGCCCCAGACACUCUACUAACCCAGAACUGAAACCACUCCUGAAGCCCACUUUUUAGACAAAGAUUAGACAGGCCUAUAAAACAAAAAAUAACACGUGAGGAAUAUGCUUCUUAGUUCAAUCAAGUAUACAAGACCAAAUAGGCAACUCCCGUCCAAAACCAAGACAAAAAGGCAGGAACGGACAGCAACUAGACAAAUAGGCACAGGAAACCCAGGGUGGAAAAAAGGAGAGUACUGUCACAUUGUGCAGAUUGCAACUAAUGUCACAAGAUAAUAUCUGUAUAAAUCUUUGAGAAAUUAACCUGAGCUGAAAACUUUCACCUAAAGCACAAUUAAAAAAAAAAAAAAGGAAAGC